AAUAGACAAUAGAAUAUUGUUAACAAGUGCUAACAACAUUAUCAAAAAACAGACAGAGUCUAUUAGUUCUGUCUGUGUAUGUGUGUGUGGCAGUGGGCAAGUUCCUUGCUGAGCUGCACACCGUUUCCUGAUCAGUGGCUAAAAAAUCUAAGAAGAGGAGUGGAGCAGCACCUGGAUCUUCCAUGCAGCCGACUAGGAGGCGGGGGAGUCGGAGGAGCAGUGUAAAGGAGAUAAAUGUCGAACAGGAGAGGGGCAUGGUUGGACUGGAAGAUGCUCUUUUGCACAGCUCGUGAGGCGGUUCAGGAGUCCCUCGGCUUCAGUCCAGUGGGCUUGUUUUCACACAUACUGUGCGAGGCCCUCUCAAACUUCUGCAUGACAGUUGGCUGGGUGAUAGUGAACCGAAAAAUCUGAUUGAUUAUGUUUUGAGAAGGAUCGUCACAUUGUGUAUUGCCUGCGGUGUGAAAAACCCCAGGACACACUGAGUACCCACCUGGCCAGGGUGUGUAUGAAGAACAGCACACCUGAGGAGAGGCAGGCAGAGUUGCAGAGGGCCGAGGAGAACACCAAGAAUUGGACCCGCGAUCGGAGAGUCUGGGACUACGCGGAGAUGUGCAAGCUGUACACAAACACAGCUUUAAGAUUGAUACUCCUCAAAGACCUGCGCAGGAAAGGGUUUUUUAUUGCCAACGCACCCCAGGACACAGACACUGAAGUCAUUGAUCAAUCAUCAACUUCAACUCCCAUCAAGCAAGUCCUCCCCCCGACCAGUGGCAGCACAGAAGAGGCUGGUGAAGGUGCUGCAGAGACAUCCGACUCUGGCUCCAGUGACAAAGCCAACCCAACUUGGCAAAAGCCUACUAUACUGCGAAUGAAAAUGAAGAAGAUGGGCUUGUAUGCAAAGUUCCCACCUGAAACGGCACUACUGGCACAGUUUAAGGACUACCUGAAAAACACUCUUCUGGUCACAAAAUGCCAACAGGAGGUAGACAAUGUCUCCAGGAUACUGAGAUACAUCCAGCCCACCGGCAAAGAGGUGCAUUUGGACUUUCUCACCAAGAGCAAAGAGGCCAUGACCUUCAUUCGGGAACUAAACAGUGUGAAGAUGUCACCAUCCACAAUCAUAAAUUACAUAAAGAGCAUGAUUAGGUUCAUCGAGCACCUAAAACUGGACUUGAAAUUAGCUAAAAAGGACCAGGCCUUCCACAACAAUUGCCAGAAAUACAUUGACAUCCUCAAAACUUUGAGGAAGCCGGUUUUAAAGUCCCUCUGCACAGAUACAGUCAGAAAAAGGUAUGACUGGUUCAUUGGUGAUAAACAGACUCUCCAUGACUGCCAGAGGGUCCUCCGGGUGACCAUGAAAGACAUGCUGGGCAUAUAUGGGAAGCUCCUUGAACGAAAACAUGUAGAUAAAAAGCAAAAAACGCUCUUCCGCUACUACUGUGAAGGCAUCCUGAUCCUGAAACAUUUCCAGCGACCAGGAGCAGUGCAGGGAAUGACAACAUCAGAGUGGUUCAACAAGAGGCUUCACCAUGGACGAGUCUGUGUCGGGGUCAGGGAACAUAAAACUGCCACCAUGCAGAUAGCAACAUUUGCCCUCACCAAGGAGGAGGCUUCUUUCUUGGAUCACUACUACCUAGAGAUCCGCUCAGGGUAUCUGAAGGACGGGGUGGAUGAUCGGGACAAGUUUUUCUUGUCCAUCUCCGGCAGGCCGGUUUCCAGCGCCACCAACGACCUCAGACGUCUGCAUGAACAUUACAAGUUACCCAACAUCAGAAGCCAGGUGGUCAGAAGAGUUGCAGGGACAGAGGCAAAUGAAAACUUUUCAGAGGAGCAGAAAUCUGCAGUGGCACAUUAUAUGGCCCACUCUACAGAGGUGGCCAAGACCCACUACAGAAUGAGGACCAUGGAGGGUGUCGUGGCCACCGCCAAUCUCUUCAGCUGUUUGGAACGCUCUACUUCUGAUGAGUCAGGGAAUGAGGGGACUAGUCAUAGACGGAAGAGGGCUAGAGAGACAGCUGACGAGGACGUAAAGGAUUUUAGCACGUUCCUCGAGUGCUUCCCGGUGGGAGUGACUGGCCAGCCGCCCACCAAGAAGCAAAGGACAGAUGCUGGGUUUCUGCCAGGCCGAGUUUUUUAUGACAAGUGGAGGGUGGCACAGUACAACCAGCGGGCGGAGUACCUAUUGUCCCAGUAUUCAAGACACCCUCCAACUGUACACAAGGUUGCAAAGAUCAUCGGGAAAGAGGGAUGGAAAGGCAACCAUCCCCGUCCUGAGGACAUUGUAGCCAAGUGGAAACCAGCCAAGAGGGUUCAGAUGGAGAGUGAUGCGGGCAUCAUCAGUAGUGUCACAAAGCAGAGCUGGUUAGGCCUGGCCAUCAAGGAUUUUGGCGGCAGCAAAGGACAAGGAGUUGUUUCCACCAAAGCCUUUCCCAAAGGCUCCAUCAUCUGCGAUUACCAUGGAAAGGUAAUCACAGCAGUGGAAGGCAUGAAACUGAUGGAGUCCAUGAAGGAUGAGAUGGGCUACCUCUUUUUCUUCAAGGCUGGUGGCCGUGACCUCUGCAUUGAUGCGCAGACAUUUCCUUGCGAGUGCCAUCCAUCUGUGGAGACAAUGGGCAGGAAGAUCAACCAUUCAAGUAAGAACUGGAAUUUGAAGCCUCUUCAUUGCCUAAUCAACUUCCCGGAAGGAGCCAGGGAUGUCAUCCUCUUUCAAGCAAUGAAAGACAUUUCCAUCCGUAAAGAGCUCUGCUUUGACUACGGAGUCAACAGGAAGUCCUUUAGGGGUGGAGGACUCAACCUCGAAUGGCUGGAUAACUGAACAACAUCGGAGCAGCCAGAAAUCUGAUGACCACAUCACCCACUGUCUUCUGCGUGAAGAACUACGAAACCAAAAGACUACAAGGACUGCCAACAUCUCAGUGACGACCCCGCUAUUGCAGAUUCCUCCUCCACAACAUCCGGAGGAUUUGUCCGUUCUUCACAGAGAAGGCGACCCAGGUAUUGAUGCAGGCUUUUGUCAUCUCAUGUCUCUUGUCAUCUCACGCCUGGUAUACUGCAACUCCCUCCUAGCUGGUCUGCCGAUAUGUGACCUCCGACCCCUGCAGCUCAUCCAGAAUGCAGCGGCCCGGGUGGUCUUCAACCUCCCCAAGUUCUCCCACACUACACCGGUCCUCCACACCCUGCACUGGCCUCUGGUGGUGGCUCGGAUCUGAUUCAAGGCACUGGUUCUUGCCUAUCAUGCUGCGAAUGGUUCAAGCCCCUUCUACAUCCAGAACAUGGUCAAACUCUACACCCCAGCCCGUCCACUCCGCUCUGCUACUGCCAAACAACUUGUUACUCCCUCACUGCACCUGAACCUGGUGUGUUUAGGACUUUUUAUUUUCCAUAUUUGACUUUCUUUUUUAUUUUCCAUAUUUGACUUUCUUCACGGCCCUCAUGUAAUAUAAUACGUGCAUCUUGGCUUGAUAUUCACAAGUGAAUAAGACAACAAAUCUAAUCAAGUCCAGCUUCCCCUUGUAGAGAUUCUAUAACAUUUGGUUUGAUAUUGAAAACUAAAAUGAAGAAC